AUGUCUUCCCAGAUGCUCUCCAUGGAUUACGAGCACACCAAGAACGCCUUCGAUCCCUACAACGACACGUUCGCAUACAUGGAGAACGACUUCCUCUACCCGUCCAACUCGCCCACUGGCCUCAGUGUACCCAUCGGUCUCCCCCAGACCAUGUCUCCCAUGGACAUCACCUCGUCCAUGAAUGAGUACACCUACGGCUCCUCGUUCGUGCCAGCCAACAGGCCCGCCGCGCGUGCCGCACUCAAGCGCAGAGCAACAAGGAGUAACCACGAGGACUCGGACGACGAUGACGAUGAGGAAUUCAAGCCUGGAUCGAUCUCUGGAAACAACGACAGCUCCCCUCGUGACUCGCGCCGCGAAACCGUCCGCAAGCAGCGCAUCGAGUCCGAGCAGCGAAGACGCGACGAGCUCAGGGAAGGGUAUGCCCGCCUCAAGGAAACCCUCCCUGCGUCGAAUCAGAAGGCCAGCAAAGUUUCUCUCCUCGACAGGGCCACCAGCCAUAUCAAGUACCUCGAGGCUGUCAAGGACCAACUCGAGAUCCGACUUAAGGGUGCUGACCACGAAGUGCACCGUCUCCGCAAUGUGAACGAGGCGCUGAUGCUCAAUCGCGCCGGGGCUGCCAACAUGGCCCCCUCGUUCUCCAACUGA